AUGAAGACAUCAUUGGUGUCAUUGGCUGUUCUGGCCAUAGCAGUCUCUGAGGUUGCUGCAUUUCCUGCCCUUGCCGCAGAGCAUGCUGAGCGACUUGCCAACUCACAACGUGGCAAGCGAAGCACUCUUGCUCGAAGUAUCCACAAGAAACGAGUUACAUUCGAUCCAGCUUCUCAAUAUACCAGCACCACUGGUGCACAUGCCUUCGUCCCACCAAACUUUGCCGCUGGUGAUGUUCGAGGUCCCUGCCCCGGUUUGAACGCCGCUGCCAACCACGGAUAUAUUCCACACAACGGCGUUGGUACUAUGGGUGACUUUGUGAACGGCACCAAUGAGGCGUAUGGCAUGGCCUUGGACUUGGGUGGUUUCCUGGCCGUGUACGGUUCUGUCUUCGACGGAAAUCUUCUCGGAUACUCUAUCGGUGGCCCAACAUCGCUUAACCAGCUCCCCCUGAACAAUCUCCUCGGCCUUACCGGAGCACCCCAAGGCCUCUCAGGCUCCCACAACAAAUACGAAGCUGACACUUCUCCAACACGUGGGGACCUCUACCUCUAUGGCAACGACUACGAGGUCCAAGUUCCCCAAUUCCAACAAUACUAUGAUGCACUCAUAGAGGGGGUCGAUGCGGACACCCAAUACGCCAAUCUGAUCGAUUUCCGCAUUGCCCGCUUCAACGACUCCAUCACUCGCAACUCCCACUUCUUCUACUCUCCCUUCGCCGGUGUUCUCGUCUCGCCAGCCGGUUUCUCCUUCCCUGUCCGCAUGAUGGCAAACCACUCUGCCGAGUUCCCAGAAGGUUCGCUCAGCAAGGCACAGCUCAUGUCCUUCUUCUCUAUCACAGGUAAAUCGGGCAAGUUCGUAUACACAGUCGGCCACGAGCGCAUCCCAGAUAACUGGUACAAGCGCGCCAUCGGCGACGAGUACACCAUCCCGGGCUUCUUGGCCGACGUCCUGGACUUCGGCGAGAAAUACCCUCCUCUCCUCGACGUGGGCGGAAACACCGGCAAGACGGAUUCCUUCACACCAGUCGACAUUGGAUCUUUGACCAAGGGCGUUUUCUCUGCAGCAGAUCUUCUUGAGGGGAAUAACCUUGAGUGUUACGCGCUCCAGAUUUCUCAGGCUGCGCUGCCAGAUAUCCUGGGUGGUGCCGAGACCAAUAUUGGAGAUCUGACGCAGAUUUUGAAGCCGUUGAGUGAUAAUAUUGCGGAGAACUUGUUGGGGUUGGGAUGUCCUACUCUGAACGGAAUUGAUGAUUCGCAGUACGAUGUCUACCCAGGGUACAACAACUGCCCCAAUGGCUGUUCUGGGUACUCGAGCUAG